AUGAAUAAAUCAAUUGAUGUCGCAAGACGCUCACAAGCAUUUUUCGUAAUACUUUAGUACCUAAGACCAGGGUUGAGAACUAGACUGCAACUGCUUUGCAAACAUUUUUACAAUAAAAUUAUCCCUUAGAUGGUCUAAACUUUUCCAAUUUUAAAAACUAAUAAAGAUGACUACUUCGAGCUUUUCAAGGAUUAACAAGUCAUCAGAAUAAAUCAGAGUUAGAGUUAAACAAUCUUACAUUAGUAAACAAUCAGACAGCUCUUAAAUACCAAUUUGGAUCCUCUAUAGUAGGUUGUUUAGUAAUGGAAAGACACCAAGUUAGAUGUCCCUGCUGGGUUUUAAUUUGAGAAAAUGAUAUUUGUAAAUUAUCAGUGCUACCUCUUCAACUCAACAGCAUCAGCAAUGAAGGUUUAUAAAUUGAUUAACAAUAAAGUAAUUCUAGCAAGUGAGACUAAAUUGUCAAAUGCCAUCCAUUCUUGCUAUGUUACAGUGCAAAAUCGAUAUAUUCUUAGAAUAGGAGGAUAUUAAAAUUUAGUUGAUGAGAAAAAAUCAAAGUAGUUGGUAAUUACUCCAAAAAAUGUCCAUAAAUGCAGCACAAGUUAUGACUCUAAUAUUUAUGCAUUCGACAUUUUAACUAAUGAGUGGAUAACUUCUAACAAAUUCGGUAAAUUAAGUAAAAUUAGGCACGGCUGCUCAGCAUCAGUUCACAAGAAUUUUAUAUAUGUAUUCGGAGGAAGCUACUUUAUUCAAAGCGGGCCUCGAAUGAACACAUAAAGUCACUAAUCAACAAUUGAGAAGUAGGACUUACUAAAUCCUGGAAAAGUAUUUUAAGUCAUAGAUUUUAAGAUGAAGAUCCCUAUGUAAACUUUAUACUCUAGCCAAAAUCUUCAUUCAGAUGACUUUUUUAUCUUCGGAUAAAUAGAGAGUAAGGCUAGCGCUUAUAAAUCGAAGUAAAGCAAAUUGGAUUUUAACUUCUACCGAUAUAAUGUCACUACUCAUAAAUAUAAAAAAAAAGACCAAGAUCAUGUAGUUCAUAAGAUUUUAGAUUCAAUUUAGUCUUAAGGAUUAGAGAAGUUGAAACAAAAUACCAACUUUUAAGAUAUAAGAUCAUUUAACGGUAUUCACGUGAUUACGAAUGAUUUCGGUGCUAUUGUAUAUUAAGACUAAGAAAUAUUCCAUCACUAGUACAUAUUAAGUUGGAAAGUUGGAUAAGAUGCAAUGAAAUAACCUGAUGCUCCAAAACCAAAGCAAUUAAAACCAUCAGUUAACAACUCUUUAAUUGUUAAUAGCUAAAACUUGAAAAAGAGACCAUAGACUGCGUACCCAAUACAAAAGCCCACAUUGGCUUAAAGAGCAUAAUCUGCAGUCACUAGACCUGUAGUAUCAAGAAGAUUGGCUUUAGCAAAUAUAAACUAAAGAUGA